AUGAAGCCCGACACUACUUUUCUGUUGAUUGUCGCAGCCUUCCUUGGGCUUGCGAAUGCCCAGAUUACGCCUGGCCCUAGGCCUGCUAGGCCUGUUAGCCCGGCUACCCCUCCUGCUGGUGGUAUCCAACCUGGCAGCGGUGGUAUCCAGCCUGGCAGCGGUGGUAUCCAGCCUGGCAGCGGUGGCAUUCAGCCUGGCAGCGGUGGUAUCCAGCCUGGCAGCGGUGGCAUUCAGCCUGGCAGCGGUGGUAUCCAGCCUGGCAGCGGUGGUAUCCAGCCCGGCAGCGGUGGCAUUCAGCCCGGCAGCGGUGGUAUCCAACCUGGCAGUGGUGGCAUCCAGCCCGGCAGCGGUGGCAUCCAACCUGGCAGCGGUGGCAUCCAGCCCGGCAGCGGUGGCAUCCAGCCCGGCAGCGGUGGCAUCCAGCCCGGCAGCGGUGGCAUCCAGCCCGGCAGCGGUGGCAUCCAACCUGGCAGUGGUGGCAUCCAGCCCGGCAGCGGUGGCAUCCAACCUGGCAGCGGUGGCAUCCAACCCGGCAGCGGUGGCAUCCAGCCCGGCAGCGGUGGUAUCCAACCUGGCAGUGGUGGCAUCCAGCCUGGCAGCGGUGGCAUCCAGCCUGGCAGCGGUGGCAUCCAGCCUGGCAGUGGUGGUAUCCAGCCCGGCAGCGGUGGCACCCCCCCUGGAGCCUCGGCCUGUCCUAACCCGCGGAAGCCAUACAAUCAAUCCCCACCGGUCACCACUAGCAUCUCCUGUCCUGCGAGUGAUGGCAGUAUCUACGAAACAGUUGAUGGCAGCUGGUACUACCUUCAGUGCUGCACGCAGGGCUCAUCUAAUGCGUUAUCUGUCGGUACUCCACAGGUAUCGAGUAUGGAGGAAUGCCUGAAGAAAUGCGCUGAUGUGGCAAACUGCGAAACUGUCUCGUUCGAGCCUUCCACCCUAUAUUGCAACCUCCUCGACUUCGGUUCCUUUUCUCAAACCUCUCACGGCAGCCAGCUUUAUGCCUUCCCGACUUCCCCUCCGGCUACAAAGCAGCCCACAUUGAUAACUCGCCGAUGCGCUACUGCCUGUCCCGAGGCUAAUGGCCAGAUCUACGUCAGCCCCUUUGGUGAGACUUUCUACAUGAGCUGUGGAAUGCGCCAUGGCACACCGUAUCUCAACGUUGAGUCAGUCUCGACACUUGAAGACUGCAUGGAUCACUGCGCGGGAUCCCCUUCAUGCAGCAGUGUUGACUUCGAUCAAAACAAGCAGGUGUGCUAUUUGAGCAACAACGACAGCCCGCCAACUAUCGCAGCCCCCCGCUUUGCCGCUGCUCAUUCCGUCGGUUGUUCUGGCGCAUGCGAGGGGUGCGGUAAGAAAUCGUGUGGCGCACAGCAACCAAAGCCCGACCCGAGUCAAUGCACUGACAACCAGAUUGUUCAUGUUGCCAACCACCCAUUCCGCAUGCAAUGUAACCGAUGCUAUAUAGGCCCAGCAGACUCCGCUGUCUCCAAGCCUGAAGCGCAGACUCAUGAGCAGUGCAUGCACCUUUACCUGCUGGAAGCUGAUCACUACGUGGGAGCAAAUUGGUUGCAAAAUGGCGGAUGUCAUUUGAUGCCCGCUGGCUCUUCGGUCGUGAGCCAUGCUGACUGUACGGCAGCCUUCGUGCCUCUUUGGAGGUAA